AUGGACAGUAUCGAUUAUUAUGGCCUAACCGAACAAUUUUUGAAACUGGGUACCGAAGCCAUUAUGGGAAACAUAGAUUAUUUUGGCGGAGUUGAACAUAUCACUGACGACCACCUGGAUGAAUUUCAUCGAAUAUCCGGAGACUUUAAACGAUGUUUAAUGGCUACAAGGUUUGGCGAGGCUUGUGAAGUGUUCAACGGAAUGAUUCAAUAUACAACACAUUUGAAUGUAGAACCGGAUGAAGCAGAAGAAGAUGCAGAAUUCUUCAUAAACUUCGCAGAAUCCAUCGGACCACACUGCAGGAAACAGCUGUACAUAGCCAUGGCAAAAAUUCUAAAUCCGACGGCAAAAGUGUUGAUUCAAAGGAGAUUACGACACAUGAACACCAAAUUUUUCUCAAUGGACGCACUUCUACCAACCCCUCGACAACUGUCAAGUGGUACGGUAUUGAUGGAAGUCUACCCAAAGGAAGAUUUACCGAGUGCAAUGGCCUUCGGAAGUAAUUCGAAUGGAAAACUAGGAAUUGGUAGUCCACGAUAUGCUCAGAAAAUGGUCAAUAUCAAGUUGCCAGAACAGAUUAUGGAUGCAAAAAUUGGAGAAGAGCACUCGAUAUUCUUUACAAACUCUGGAAAUUACUAUGGGUCCGGAAAAUCAGCGAAUUAUAAAAACCAAACGGGAACUGAACUUGAGUGGACGCCUACAAAACUGAAUUGUAUAAAGCAUGACUGGGAGACAGCUCAAAAUGCGAGUUUCUUAAACCCUCCAAAAUUUUUUAUCACCGGAAGAAAGACAGUAUUCCAAAACGUUGGUGGUCCUUCAACUUCUUAUGGAUCCCUGAAAUGCUUAGAGAUGGAGGGCAGUGAUGAUGGAGCAGUUCAGUUCAAGCUAAUCGACGUUCCGAAAAAUGAAAUUUUUACAUUGGAUGGACAUAAAUAUUUGAGAGAGGACCCUUGGCACCCAAGCAAAUCAAUAACUGUAACUAUCAAGGACCUUUUUGGACACUACUCACAAAUUGAAGUCUAUGAAGAUAUGCUGUGCGCAUAUUUUCAUGGAAAUCGAAUAGACAUCGAAUGGUUCAUUUGUGGGGUUCCCAUUAACAAAGAUCAUUUGAAAAACAAAGUUAACUUUGGAACAAAAGGAGCACUAUGGGUUCAUGAUCAGGAAAUGGUUUAUAGAGGGAGACUGGGAUUCGAAUAUUCGGUUUUUGAUGGCGUUGGAAAGCUUGUUGGCAGGUUGGCUGAGUUUCCUUAUCAUCAGGCUAUCCGUGGGAUAACAGCAUCAGCGGAUGGAGAGUCUGUUAUUUUUUUGCAUCGACGGUAUUCCAAAAUGGCUCAUUCUGCACUGCACCUAAUGACUGAAUCUAAACAUUUUUUAAAAAUAAAUUUUCAGCCAAGACCAGAAUUCCCAUCUCAUCUGUAUGGACACAGAGAAGCUGCUCAUCAAACUUUGCCAAACUUCGCGACAAUUGGACAAGUUCUAGAAAGACUCCACGUGAAUUGGGCUGCUACAAAUGAAGACGUCAUUAAGCGGUUCCAUUAUUAUGCUAAAGAUCAUUGGCCAGGAAAACUAUAUGCAUGGACCGGAUAUCCAUCUCAUUUCGGAGUGUUUUUACUUCCAAUGUUCAGAAGAAUCCAACAUUUUGUAACCAUUGAAGGGCAUUAUAUGAAUGGGUUCAAUGAGAUAAUGGCACUUCCAGAAAAAGAGUACGGUACUUUGCCAAAGGAAGAAUUGGAAAUGUGGAAUGAACGAUGGAUUUAUCCUUCAGCAGGAUGGAGUGAAGAGGAAAGAGAAGACCGUCUCGAAGAAAUAAAGCGAGAAGAAGUUACAAUACUAGAAGAGGUUAGGGCUAGUCUCAAUGCAGCAGAGGCAAGAAUCAGAAAUCACAAAUCAUCGGCUGGACGUAUGAUGUUUCUGUUUACAGAAAGAUUGGUGUAUCUUCUGAAAGCUUGCAUUGAGUAUACUGAUCGAGUCACCCUGGAGCCAAUUAUCAAAAUUACGGAAUAUGUGACAAUAGUGGAUACGGUUAAAAAUGAAAUUCAAGAUCGAAUGGCAGAAGGAGAUAUUAAACCAAACGACCCAAGAUACGCGUUGAUUCGGGUAAUUUUACUAGUUUAUAAAUUAAACAAAUUCGUAUUUUAUAUACAGGUUGAAACCAUACAAGACGGUUCCAACCAAUAUCACUGCUAUAUAACUUAUACUACUUAUUAUCAUCUCAUCGUACUGGAUCUCACUUCUUACAUCGAAGAUGGAAUAGUUCAUUUAUAUAAGGUGAGUCCAAAAAAAGUGAACGAUAAGGAAGGCAGAGAACGGUAUAAUCAGUUGGUGGAAUACUUUUUUGAAACUUCGACAGAGGGAAUCUUCAAACAGAAAGUAACUGCUCUAUUCCACUUGCCACACACCAGAUACUACAUCGAUUACUACGAAGUUGUAACAUUUGACGAUUCUAUAUUCAAAGUUCCCAAAUUUCUGUUUGAAAUUCAUUCGGUUGGAUUUAAUGCGAAACGGGAGCGAGAUGCGAUAAAAGAGGGUCAAGAUCCCAAUGAAUUCGAAUUGGAUCUUACGGAUUUCGAGUUGGAAUAUUUGAUGCAGGGAUUAAUGAGUCCCAGACGUCUCCUGUUUGCUGAUAAGGAUGUUCUCUACAAUAUGUUCCUAGUGUGCGACGAGUGGAAUUUCCGUAUUCUUCUACCGGUGCUAGUCGAACAACUCGUGAAAGAAAUCGAAGAAAGUGACUCGUAUAUCCUUUACAAUCUGUUCAUUCGGCAAACGAGUCUUACGAUUGAGAUGGUGGCCCGGUAUCAGCCAAACUUGAUUUUUACAUGGGACGAACUUCCACUUCCCACUAAUUAUUUGCGGGUGAUGAAUCGACUGACCCAAAAAAUCUGGAGGUAUCAUUUCAAACCAGUUCCACUUCAAGAUUUGCCCCUUCCAAUUCGUCCAGAUCCAAAAAAGAAGAAAAUUAGAAGAACCGGUAUGAGUGCCUUCAAGAAAAUCACAUCAACAACAGGAUUUAGUGAUAAGAUUGUCUGGGAUCACAAUGUUCUGAACGAGUACAUCAAUGAGAUCGGGAGGAACAAUGCUCCAGAUUUCAUUCGACAACAAAUCGACGCUUAUAGGAAACGGAGACGGUCGUCGCAAUGA